CCCGACAAGGAUGUAGGGGCGCAACUUUCUUGCGAGCUCGCGUGGAGAGGCCCGUCAAAUCAGUAGGAGGAGCGAUGAGCGGCGUCCGUGUUUGGCGGGGCGGCUGCACGGAGCUUCUCCUCGUCGGACGGUCGGAGGACGACGGCGGGUGGCGGCAGGGCCGGCAGCUCCAUCGACUUGCGCCGCCGUUUCAAGGAUCGGAGAUCUGCUACUAUGGGCCAGGUCGACAAUCCACUGGGCUGACCCACGGCCCAUCUAGCUGGAUUGAGAAGAAGCAGCCGAAAGCUCUGGAACAAGUAGAGCGCCGCGAGCGCGUCCCAUGGCCUGAGCCGCCGAGCGGCCGAUGCCCUCGUCCCCGCCGCCCUCUCCCGACGCUGCAACCCUCACCCCAAGGGCCGCCGCGGCGCUCCUCGCCGGCUGCGCCUCCCGCGCUGCCGCGGCAGCGCUCCACGCCCGCCUCCUCCGCUGCUCCCGCGCCUUCUUCCGCUCCCCGUACCUCGCCAACUGCCUGGCCGCCGCCUACUCCCGCCUCGGCGCCGCCCCGUCCGCCGUCGUGCUCCUGCGCGCCGCCGCCAGGCCCAAUGUGUUCACCCGCAACAUCCUCCUGUCGGCGCUCCUCGGCUCCGACCUCCUCGGGGACGCGCGCAGGCUGUUCGACGGGAUGCCCCACAGGGAUGCGGUCUCCUACAACGCCAUGCUCUCCGGCUACGCCGCCGCCGCGCUUCCGGACGAGGCGCUCCGCCUCUUCUGCUCCAUGAGGGAGCGUGGCGUCAGGCCAACGGCCUUCACCUUCUCCAUAGUCUCGUCGGCGGUUGCCUCCGCCCGCCACGGCCAGCAGGUUCAUGCCGCCACUGUCCGACACGACCUGGCACGCCUUGACGCCGUAGUCGGCAAUGCGCUCAUUGAUAUGUAUCGCCGGAUUGGCCUCUUUCAGCAUGCAGCACAUGUCUUCUCAUGCAUGGAAGAACCAGAUGUCACGUCCUGGAACUCUGUCAUGUCAGCUUACAAGGAUCAGGCUCUCAGUGGUGCUGUCUUUGACUGUUUCCGGUCCAUGAGGAGCAAAGGCUUCUCGGUCGAUGGCUUCAGUGUGUCCACUGUGCUCAGUACCAGCUCAGAUGUCAAGGAUUUCGCCAAAGGUGACCAGAUGUUGGCCCUUUGCGUUAAAAUGAGCUUCCUUACAAACUCCAUUGUUUGUAGUGCUGUUAUUGACUUCCUCUGCCUGUCUGACAGACUGUCCGAUGCUGUUCAACUUUUCAGAGGAAUGCCAACAUGGGGCUCAGAACCUUGCAAUGCACUGAUAUCAGGCUAUGCAAGGAGCGGCCUAAUGGAAGAAGCCCUCAGCCUCUUUGCAGUGUCUAUAGGAAAUGGUGUUGUUCCAACUGAGUUCACAUUUGCGAGUGUGCUGAGAUGGAGUUCAUGCUUUGGUUUAAUGGAGCAGGGUACUCAAAUCCAUUGCCUCGUUUGUAAGCUUGGGUUUCAGGAUGAUGUAAUUGUCUCCACAGCCCUCACAGACAUGUAUUGUAAGUUGGGGUUAACAAGGCAUGCGAGGAAAAUCUUCAGGGCAGUUGUUGCCAAGGAUCUGGUAUUAUGGAAUACAAUGUUGCUCGGCCUAUUGCAAAAUGGAAGAGGUAAGGAAGCCCUUGGAACAUUCAGACGGAUGCUCAAGUGUGGUAUCCAACCUGAUAGAAUCACUCUUUUUGGAGCUUUGUCUGCAUGUAGUUUGGAAGGUUUCGUAGCUGAAGCAAUGGAUAUAAUUACCCUGUUUAAAGAUAGGUACCAUAUUAUGCCUAGCCUGGAUCACUAUACAUGUGUGGCCGAUACAUUAUGCCGUGCAGGAAUGUUGAGAGAGGCAAUGAAUUUUGUAGAGAACAAGCUGCCGGAGUUUAGUGCUGCUAUGUUCUCUAAUAUUCUGGAGGCCUGCAUAAUCCAACGGAACAUUGUCAUGGCAGAGCUAGUUGCUGAAAAGAUGGUGAUGCAAAAAUCCCGAUUGUCACUGCCAUAUAUUAUUUUAGCUCAAAUAUAUGGUGCCAGAUGUAAGUGGGAAAAAAUGGCUGGAGUAUGGAGGUCACUGGAAAAUCAAAGAGCAAAAAAGGCUCAGUCAUGCAGCUGGCUAUGUGUCAAGAAUCAUAUUUAUGUUUUUACAUCAGAACAGAUAUUUCACCAUGGAAAAGGUGCUACAUAUGAGGUGUUGGAUCUUCUAUUUUGGGACAUGACAGACCAGCCAAAGAAGAGAGACGGAUUAGGUUGUAUCCAGCUGUUCUCCAACUGUCCUUAAUGUCCGCUUCCUAACAAGUUACCUUACCUUGACAAUAGAGAAGUUUCGGAGUGUCAAAGACUAUGAACAUUCAGAAAAGGUUGCGGUAAGCUUUUGAUAAGACUUGGUUAGACUAUUGCAACCUGGCAAUUUCUGUGUGAAUGAAGCUAUGCGAUGUUACAGAAGAUAUUGAGAUAUGGGUAGGUAAAUUUCUUCUCUCCCAUCAACUGGUACAUAGAAUUCAUCAAUAGUAUAAAAUCAUAUGGGCUUUCAAAAUUUUUGGGUAGGUUUGGUACUUGAUAUUUUAUUUGAUUGUUUCCCACACCUUAAAUGUAAACUAAAUUGAAAAUUGUAAACAUCCACACAUAAUUCCUACCUUUUUUUGCAAUGUUUUAGCAAGAUAUCUAUUCUAACAGCUGAUGUGCUGGAAAAUUAUUGAUGAAGAUACAAAUGGGAUAUAUGAGUUUUCUGAAAGCCAUGCAUGCACAAUUGUAUGGUGGGUACUGGUCAUUCCCUACAGGCUGUGCUGUCAAAUGACAUCACUUGCUCGUGCUGGGUGAUGGCGUCUGUCUGUGUUACUUGUAUGUGCUGAUUUUUGUGGUACUAGCCGCGCAAGUUCUAAUGAUGAUCAAGAGCCUGCACAAGGAACCCAUGCUGCGCCCAAAAAGUGGGACACGGACUCUGUCCAUUCCUGUGCCUAGUCGUUGGUCUCUUGCUCACCAGAGAAUCUUGUCACUGACUCAGUGCAGUGGAAACUCCAACCGAUGACCUUUCCGGUCUGCUCACCCGAAGUCCUGAAGCACAGGGAACUUGAUCAAUCUUGAGAAAUUGUGAGUGUUCUUCUCAUGGAUACGCAAGUUUUGUGUUAGCAUCAAUGCAAGAAAUAGCAGGCUAAGAUAUUUAGCGGAAGUCCUUCCAAAAAGCUAAAAGAGCUAUAGCGGAAGCUAAAUCAUUUAGUGGAAUAAUAAAAUAAUCAAUAAUUACACACAAAUUUAGAAGAAUUAUUGGUCUAACACUCUAAAAAUAGACUCAACACAUCUCUUGACUGUCCAACUAUACCUCUGCUAUUUUGUUUAUGAUCCACCCUAGUUAUAUUGAUUCUUUAUUUCUUUUGAAUAAAUCUUUAGCGGACAUAGCGGACAUUUAUUACCGCUAAAUCCUGUAAAACCCCCUUUAGCGGACGUAGCGGACAAAUGUUGUAUAGCGUAGCGGUAGAUCUCCUAAAAAGCUAAUAGCGGGCAAUAGCGGGCUAUUUUAUACAUUGGUUAGCAUUCCUUUUGCUUCUUAUUAUUUGUUGGGAGGUGUUUUAUUUUUCUAUUCUGUCCCAGUCUGCUGCGGAACUACAAGAUAACUGGAUAGAGAUUGGUAAGGUAGCAAGGCUCAGGACACUUGAUCUGACCAGUAGUUGCAAGUGAAACAUAUGUGCCAUGUUACUACUUUCCCUUUGAGCCAUUUCUAAAUGGUCUGUGUUUUUGUUUGGGUACCAUAGUCUAGUUUGCACUCACUGUACACUCAUGUCUUUUAGCGAGUUGUCAUACAACACCGAGAACUUUUUCAAGAACGUUCAAGUAAGAUCCAGACUUGUGUUUGUUCUCUCUAUAACUUUCCAAUCUAACUUUUUGCCUUAGGCGUGUGAUACUUACAUAGGAAGACAAUGCUUGGAAAGUUAGAUUGUUGUUUUUCUGCCAUUGAUUUUCUUGCAGCAUAUUUGGGAAUCCUCUCAUCUGCGCUGCAGCCUGCAGAACAGGAUUCUUACAGGACUAUGUUGACACAUGUCAUAUCCCCAUAUCCCCGGUCAACAGUAGAAGCCACAAGUUUGGAUUGUUUACCUUAUCAAGGAGCAAAUAAAACCAGGUGAAACUGUGAGUAUUUAGGUUCAGCAACAAGAUGCAUGUUGAAUAGGCCAGAGCAAUUCCGUCAAAAUGGCCGCAACUUAGUCCAAUAAGCUCCUAGCCAUCACAUACGAAGUCAAUACUUACAUGCAAGUCAGUACUUGUGGAAAGCUGGGCCAGUAUGCUGUAAACUCCUACUUUUCGGAUAAUGAUUAGGCAGUGGCCCUGCCAUCUUAAGUAAUAGGUUUUGCAGUUGCCUUGCAAUUCGAUAAUCGGUUACGUUA